AUGGUCUACAUCCUCCCCAGACCUGCUCUCCAGUUCAUCUCGAGGUCGUUUUACAAGAAGGCCUACCCAACCUACUUUGCAUUCAUCGCUGUCGUCGCAGCCGGCAUCGAAUGGGUUUACUGCCCAUGGGUUGAAGACCAAUUUGUCAACAACUUCAACCAGGGCCGCAUGCUUCCCCACAUCCUCCCCGAAAUCCUCAAGAAACAGGCCGAGCUCGCAGCCGCCGAGGCCGAAGACGACGAGGAUGAGGACGACGAGUAA